AUGCGGCUCCCCGGCUCCCGCGCGCUCCUCCUCCUGCUGCUGCUGCUGGUCACCGGCUCGGCGCCGCUGGGCGCCCAGAGCUGCCUCAGCAAGCAGCAGGUCCUCACGGCCAUCCGCCAGUUGCAGCAGCUGCUGAAGGUCCAGGAGACACGCUUCGCCGAGGGCCUCCGCAACGUGAGGAGCCGGCUGGCUGCGCUCCAGAGCUCUGCCAACAGAGUGGGGCCCGACAGCCCCCCAGUUUCCUGCCCUGCUCUGAACGCCCCUCCGGACGGCAGGAAGUUUGGGAGCAAGUACUUAGUGGACCACGAAGUCCAUUUCACCUGCGACCCCGGGUUCCAGCUGGUGGGGCCCAGCAGUGUGGUGUGUCUUCCCAACGGCACCUGGACCGGGGAGCAGCCCCACUGCAGAGAUAUCAGCGAGUGCUCCAGCCAGCCUUGCCAGCACGGUGGGACGUGUUUAGAAGGAGUCAACCAGUACACAUGCAUCUGCCCUCCAGGAAGGACCGGGAGCCGCUGUCAGCACCAGGCCCAGACCGCCGCCCCCGAGCGCCAGGCGGACGACCCUGCCUUCAGCCGUGCGCCCCGCUGCGCGCAGGUGGAGCGGACCCGGCACUGCAGCUGCGAGGCCGGCUUCCAGCUGAGCGGCUCCGCGGGCAGCGACAGCGUCUGCCAGGAUGUGAAUGAGUGUGAGCUCUACGAGCAGGAGGGGCGCCCCCGGCUCUGCAUGCACGCCUGUGUGAACACGCCUGGCUCCUACCGCUGUGCCUGCCCCAGCGGGUACCGGACCCUGCCCGACAGGAAGAGUUGUGAGGAUAUUGAUGAGUGUGUGAGCUCACAGCACCUGUGUCCCCGGGGGACCACAUGCAUCAACACUGGUGGAGGCUUCCAGUGUGUCAGCCCCGAGUGCCCGGAGGGCAGCGGCAACGUGAGCUACGUGAAGACUUCUCCCUUUCAAUGUGAGCGAAACCCCUGCCCCAUGGACAGCAGAACCUGCCACCACCUGCCCAAGACCAUCUCCUUCCACUACCUGUCUCUGCCCUCCAACCUGACGACGCCCAUCACGCUCUUCCGCAUGGCCAUGGCCUCGGUGCCCGGCCGCCCCGGCCCCAACAGCCUGCGGUUUGGCAUCGUCGGUGGGAACAGCCGCGGCCACUUUGUGAUGCAGCGCGCAGACCGCCAGACAGGCGAGCUGAUCCUCGUGCAGCCCCUGGAGGGGCCGCAGACACUGGAGGUGGACGUUGACAUGUCGGAAUACCUAGACCGCUCCUUCCAGGCCAACCACCUGUCCAAGGUCACCAUCUUCGUGGCCCCGUACGACUUCUGA